UUUCAAUCAUAUCAUUAUUUUUCAUUGUUGGUUUAUAAAUAAGCCUGAAAAUCAAGUUCAAGUUGAAGAAUUAAAAAAAAUGGAGAUAAUUGCGAAUAAUAAGCGAUGGUCGCUCCAAGGAAUGACAGCCCUUGUUACGGGUGGUACAAAAGGCAUCGGGCAUGCUAUUGUUGAGGAACUAGUAGGACUAGGAGCAAUAUUGCAUACAUGUGCUAGAAACGAAGCCGAACUUGAUGCUUGCAUGCUAGCUUGGAAAGCUAAAGGGUUGCCUAUUACUGGCUCCAUUUGUGAUGUUUCGUCUCGACCUCAAAGAGAGAAGUUAAUGGAUACACUCAAAUCUAUCUUUAAUGGAAAAUUAGAUAUACUUGUGAACAAUGCAGGUGGUGCUACAAAAGCCGAAACCGUGGAUGCAACGCCGGAAUAUUACUCGUUGUUAAUGGCCACAAAUUUUGAGUCAGUAUAUCAUCUAUCUCAACUCGCAUAUCCACUGUUCAAGGCCUCAGGACAAGGCAACAUCGUCUUUAUUUCAUCUGUGGCUAGUAUCGUGGCAGUUGAUGUUGGAUCUGUUUAUGGGCCAGCAAAAGGAGCAAUGAACCAACUGGCAAAGAAUUUGGCAUGUGAGUGGGCAAAAGAUAAUAUCCGGGUUAAUUCUGUUGCUCCCGGAGUAAUUUGGUCUUCUAUGACCGAGGGACUUAAGAAUUACAAGGAGUAUAAGGAGGCUGUCGAGUCACGAAUUGCUCUUGGACGUAUUGGGAACUCGGAUGAAAUUUCAGCUGUAGUUGCGUUUUUAUGUCUACCAGCAGCUUCUUAUAUAACUGGACAAACUAUAACCGUCGAUGGAGGUUUUACUAUUAAUGCCUUCAUACCACUUCCGCUUAAUGAGAAGGCCAAGGAAAAUAAUUGAAGUUGCCUUGGGCGUUGUUUUAUGUUUGAAAGGCUCGACAUUAAUACACCACAUCAACAAUAUUAUUGUAAUAAAAAUUUAAAAAAAGGACUAUGCUUGAGUAACGCCUUUUGUUGUUGUAAUAAUGAACGACGUAGUUGUUAAUUUGUCAUAAACACUUGAAUCUAUUUGCAAUUAUAAGCUGCUAAAUCUUCAACGUUGGGUCAA